UAAACUUGUCUAAGAGGAAUGUCAAAAAUUGUGAAAACGGCCACUUUGUUCAGCCACCUGUUUUUCAUCAUGGUCUUCAAGUCAGUCUUGUCAAAUAGUUUACAAGCUGUGUCUUGAUCUUGGCUGGUGCUAUAAGACUAAUUUCUACACCAUUCUACUGCUAUGCGCAGAUCCAUGUCUGUUAAUCAUUCUCCAGGAAAAUAAGUGAUGUUAUGACUGCUGUAUCAGGCCAUCUUACCUCCCAUAACCAUUUUGUUACUUAUUCAAGCCUGUGCUCCAAAAUUUGGGUGUGGUCGCACAUGCUUAGAUCUGCAGCUCUGAAAAAACCAAGCAGUUUUGUACCUAAUUGUUACCUGUUAGCAUUAGCUCUAGUACAAUUCUAAAUAUCCCUUUCUGUUUUUCAUUGCCAAUAUUUUUAUCCACUCUUGAUCCAAAGUAAUGCGUGACAUGCCUCUAAUGUCCUAUAGCUGCCCCAUCAAGUUCAAUCAUUUUAGGUAAUAUUUUUCAGAGGUGGUGGAUAUACUUAGUUCAUGUAGCAACAUCAACAGUGUCACAAAACUUUACAAUUCCUUUUAUUUGUUGGUCCUUGGUUUGUGGCUUUACCUCUCUCCUUAGAUACUCUUUCAGUUGCUGCCACAAUUUUUAAAUUAAAUGCCAUAUCUUUUUAUAUACUCUUUAGCGGCAUUUUUUGUGUUUUAGCUGUCAUAAACUGACGUCCGGAAUCCCAUAGACCAAUAUCGUGUAUGCAUAAACUGACAUCAUGUAUCCAGUACAACGGGACCAACAGUACAUUAAUUUGGGGGUUUAAGAUAAGGGAAUAAUUCUGGAACAUCCCUUGUAUCCCAUAGAACAAGAAAGACUGAACAUUAAUAUAGGGAGUUGGAGGGAUCUCUUCCAGGACAUCCCUUGUAUCCUAAUGAUAAUAGGACAUGACUGACUUUUGGGGCAUGGGUGGAUUUGAGAGUCUUGAGAGAUCUGCUGUGCCUCACAGGACAAGGAAACAGUAAAUGGAUUGAUGUCAUGACACUAGAGAUAAAAUGAAUUUUUCUGGGAACCUUAUUUAAAUAAGACAGCUAGGAUUCUUAGAAUAAAAGUUGCAUACCCAGACACAUGAAUAUUGCAUAUUGCUGUUAUUGCACAUGUGCAUGUGUGUACAUACCUGUAACUGUGCAAAUUCAAUAACUGAAAAUGUUAUCUGCAAAGAAAGUGGUAAUGUUUUGCAAAAUAAUGGAUGCUAAAUUUUUUAUUUAGGUUAUUGUUAGCAGUAGUUUCAACUACAGGGAGGCAAAGCAAAAUAAAAGAGUUGCUGCCUAUGAGGUAAGAUUGUUCUGUGAGAUGUUGCUAAAAGGAUCCGUGACAAUGUUUGAGUUGCUAUUUGCAGACAAUCUCUACUACACGAGUACCUACUGGCCACAGUUAUCAUCGCUUAGGGAAAGCUUUAUAAAUGAGACUGUCAUAUCCCAGUAUUUUGGUUUCAUUAAGGCACACUUGAAGCUCAUUGACAGUGGAAAGCACACAGGUACUGCAAGAGAAAGAAAGUCUUUUUAUCAAAUAUUUCACAAGUUGCUUUCGCUGGAGAGUUUUGUAGUGGGAGGCAAUCCAGUUGUCACUUGUACUGGUAGUGAUAGGGACUAUUUGAUGAAGAUUCGCCAUGGACCCCUGGAAGGGGAUUUGGAUAGAGCUCUUCUCUAUUCAGAGGCACAGAGGAGACUUGGCUUAGCUCGUAAGCAGCUGCCUGGUCAAGUAAAGGGAUCUCAGGAGUACGGAAACUAUCACAUAUUGCAAACGUGGCUGCUACUAGUUAGAGGCAUCCCUUUGAAGGGACAACUGAAAAUGGUCACAUCUCACAAUUAAUUUUAUCUUUUAGUAUUGUGACUUGUUGUAGAACUAGUGUUGUUUUUUUCCAAACAUUGAACACAAAACUUAA